AUGCAGUUGAAUACACAAAUCUUAAUCAAUUCCAAACCAGAGAAAGUUAGAGACGUAAUUUUAGAUUUUCAGAAGUACUCAGAAUGGAACCCAUUUUUCACUAGCUUUAAAAUCUAUACUUCGGGUGCAGCACCGAUACCAGGAACUCAGUUAGAAAUUAAAAUGAAACUAAUUGGCGGCAAUGAAAACACAAUAUAUCCAAUAGUGUUGGAGAACAGUGCAAGUGCUCUUAGAUAG